GCAACAAGUCAGUUCAAGGCAGGUGGUCUCAUCUGGUUAAAUAAAACGGACAUUUCAUCGACACAAGUGAAGACUAGAAAUCUGAUGGCGACCCAAGGAAAGGACAAAACAACCGACAGAACGUGGCAAAUCUCAGGACAUGACCCACCUACCCAGGCCACCUCGUCCAACAGUCAGGGGGAUCCAGCAGGAAACACUACUCCACCUAAUGAAGAUGGUGUCAACUGGGGCCGUGUAGGUGCAGUCACAGGUGGUGCUUUAAUAACUGGUGCUGUAGCAGUGGCAGCUGCUCCUGUAGUUCUUGGUGUGGCUGGUUUUACUACUGGAGGUGUUGCUGCUGGCUCCGUAGCAGCGGCUGCGCAGUCUGCAAUUUACGGAGGAUUUACAGGGGGAUUUUUCUCGCUUCUGCAGAGUGCGGGGGCUGCUGGCAUAGGAUUGGCAGGAAAUGCUGCUAUUGCGGCAACUGGUGCAACUGUUGGUGGAGCAGGAUCAUAUUUUUUUGUUAAUAGAAAUAGUCGUGGUGAGACCCAAGCUGAGACCAUAAAGUUGUUGAUUUGUGGUGGAGGGAGUGGUGCGCACGCAUUUGGUGGCAUAGCGUCCUCUCGGAAGGGAACUGAAGUUCGUGUGCUUACUUUGAAUCAAGAUGAAGCAAAACGUUGUAGUUCGGUAAUGCAGACCAAGAGUCUUCUAUUUAAGUGGCAUCGCGAGGGACUAGAGCCAACGUCUAUCAAAUCGAAACCAGCAUUAAUUACAACGAACCCAGAUGAAGCCAUCCGAGAUAUCGAUUUCGUGGUCUUUCCCGAGUUUGCCCAUGAACAUUAUUUAGAUGACUAUCUGAAUGCCCUUAAACCACAUAUCAGACCUGGAAUGACCUUGAUUGGUUUACCUGGUGGACCUGACUUCAAUUUCCACGUUUGUAGUGCACUGGGCGAGACUGUGCAGCAGUGUACGAUCCUAAAUUUUGAGUGGUCACCUUGGAUUUGCUCUACCGCAGAGUCUGGUGUUGAAUGUGAUGUUCUUGACACUAAAGAAACUCUUUUGGGGACCAUAAAGGUUAGUUUUAGUACUUACCACUGAUUACCUCGGAUGGACUCUUUCACUCGCCAUAACAGUAUUAUUUCUAAAGUACACAUAUUCCAUUGAAGGAAAAUUAGCAUCUUUGAACUCACUCCAUUCUGGCUUUAUUUUGCUUAUUUACUCGCCUUGCCAUUCCCUAGCCAUGAUUUACCUGUCCACCGUUCGAAAGCGACGUCAAAGACUUACCAACUUGAUUUGCCAUUUUUUUAACCCAGCUGAUUUGAUUAUGCUCAAAACAGGAAUUGACUUUUAAAAACCUCGUGCUGCUCACUAAAUUAGCUGGGUUCACGAAUUUAACACUUUAACACGGUAGCCUUUGAUAUCAUUCUCUCUUCUGAUUCAAUAGUUCUCGUACAAUACAAUACAAUAAUUUAUUAAACUCUCCCCGGAGGGGCCUUUC